AUGGUCGAAUCCCCAACGCCAGAUAUACAUCCGAGAGACAUCCCUCUGCCCCCGUCGGACGACACGAACUACCACUCGUCUUCGCCCAUGAAGAGCUCGGUCUCGUUUCACAGCAAUGCAGCCGGCACCGAAUAUGCAUCGUCGCCGCAGACGGCUCGGUCGACGCGAGCAUCGAGGCGGAGCAACGCUAAUAUCUUCGACUCGGAGACACCUGUCGUUUCCGCUGCUUUCAACCCGUUCCAGACUCCCUUUGUUGGCGAUGAACAGGAAACGCCACGACCACGCGCCGGACGACCCAGACGCAGCGGCGGGAAAUAUCAUCCUGGCACCGGUCCCGUGGAUACCCCCACGGUAGUUGACGAGAGCAGCUCCCAUCCUCAGUCGCGUCAGUCAUCACGACAUUCUUCGGUGGCUAGUGAGAGUGAAGGUGGCGCGGAGGAUGAGGAAAUUGAGGAUGCCGAGAGUGAAGGUGAGGCAGCAGCUUCCGGGGACGAUAUGGAGACGGAAGAGAUGGAGGACCCCGAGGAUGAUGAGCUUGAGGUGGAUCGCACAAUGGCCAUUGGCCUUGGCUCCUCCGUCGCCCACCGACUCGGAGGCUAUCCUUCAUCUGCUCGUUCCCAAAGACAGCUUUCGCCUGGACAGACACCGGCAAAGCAACGUGGCAACGUCUUUGCAUCCUCCUUUGAUACCAAUUUCACUGCGAUUUCGGAGAUGGAGGGCACUCCUCUAGCAUCCACAUUCGCGCGGCCGUCGUUGUUCGCGAGCGCCCACAAGACUCCAUUCUUAUCCGCCACCUCGCCCCAGAAGAUGAAUGCAAUGCAGCGUCUUGCCGCUGGCACACCCAUCUCGCUCUCCGCCGAGCUGAGGGCUAGAGAAGCCGAGGUUCGACAGCUGAAAGAGCUGCUUGCUGCUGGCGUUCAGGACCAACAAUCAAUCGGAGACUUCAUCAACUUUUCACCUGAAAGAAAGACCGAGGAGGAGGAAGAGGAGGAGCACCUGAUGACCGCCAAGAAGCGUCGCGCAUCGCCACGCAAGAACUUUGGAAGCCCGAUCGGUGGUGGGGCAUUGCGCACCUUCAGGUCGUCACCGAUAAAACCGAUGGCACUGUUUGAAGGUAUCAUCAAGCCCAUCACGGCGGAAGAGAGGAAGAGGGCCAGGAGAAGGAGGGUGACCCAAGAGUUCCGCGAUUUUAGCGCCAUUGAUUUGGAGUCUUUGAGGACGGGUGGAUUCCUUCCUAGGCUUUCCGUCAACGACAUCAUCGAGGAGACACCGGAGAUGAUGGAAACGGAACAGGAAGUCGUUCAGGCUGCGGAUACGGACGAAUUGCAGGAGGUCGAGGAAAUGGAAGUGACAGAACAACCCGCAACGGACCUUUCGAUUAAGGAGGAGCCGAUGGAAGAGGUUGAGGAAGGACCCCAAGUGGAAGAGGUUCAGCGGGAAGCAGAGGUUCAGCCAGAGGAAGAGGUUCAGCAGGAGGAAGAGGUUCAGCAGGAGGAAGUGAAAGUUAAGGUUGAGCCGGAAGAGGAAUCUCACGAAAUGGUCGAGGAUGUCCACGUUAUGGUCGAAGAACCGGAUGUCGAGAUCAAGCAGGAAGAAGAGGAUGUGGGGAUGUCAGCAUUCCCAGAGGAGAGGAGACCCUCUAUCGUUGUACCGCCGCUUAACCGGGCCCGCCCCUACCGCUCCUCGUCUGCACCACCUGUUCCUCGUCCCGAUGACACAGAAACGAAACCAAUCGCCGCAAAGUUCGAGGCCAAUACCCCGAUGGAUAUCGAUGCCGCCCACGAUGUCGAAAUCACCACUUUAAAGCGCCUGAUCAUUGAACUUCAAGACAAGCUCGAGAUCGCGGACGUGCAAAUCGACAGGCUUCAGGCUGAUCUUAUGGUCGAACGCCGUAUGAGGGUCACGGCCGACAAAGCCCGCGAGUUUGUCGAAAUGGAGCGAAAGUUCGGUGUAUGCUGCGAGCACAAUCCUGGUUUCAAGCAACCUUCGGAGAAAUUGGGCCCCGCGGCCGUCCAACUUCCCAACAGCUCCCCGCCUCGUCCGGAGGAACGCAAACAGGCUGCACCAAAAUCCCGUCUCGGCGGUCCAGGUACCAGGCCAGCCAGCAGAUAUGAGAAUAGGCCCAUCAGCCGGAUUGGUGAUAGACCCGCCAGUCGCUUCGGUGAGCAUUCCGCUGCCAGAGCCGGCGGAACCAGUAUCAACAAGCCCUCGACUGCGACUGCCUCGGUUACAAAGAAGAGGGCUAGGGAGGAACCCACGGCCGUCCCUGGGAAGAAGGCACCUAUCCCUGCUCGUCCAGAAAAGAAGGUUCUCAGUGCAUCGGCGGCCGGCAACACCAUCCUUGGUAACGCGACUUCCGCAUUGACGAAGAAGCCGGAGAAGGUGGUCGGAAGGAGUUUGAGGAGCACAACUGGCGCAACGGUGACUAGACCCGGAGCGUUGGCCCGUGGUGCUAGACGAUGA